CCGGCCUCGCCCGCGGCGCUGGGCAGCGGCGGCAGAAGCGAGAGAAGGAAUAUAUGAAGGAGGAGGUGGAGGAGUGUGCUGAAGAUGAGGCGACUGAAUCGGAAGAAGACCUUGAAUUUGAUGAAAGAAUUGGAUGCCUUUCCAAAGGUUCCUGAAAGCUAUGUGGAGACUUCAGCAAGUGGAGGCACAGUUUCUUUAAUAGCAUUUACAACGAUAGCUUUCCUGACUAUAAUGGAGUUCAUGGUGUACCGGGACACGUGGAUGAAAUAUGAAUAUGAAGUAGACAAGGAUUUUACUAGUAAAUUAAGGAUCAAUAUUGAUAUUACAGUUGCCAUGAGGUGUCAGUAUGUGGGGGCUGAUGUUCUGGAUUUAGCAGAAACAAUGGUUGCCUCUGCAGAUGGGUUAAUCUAUGAACCAGUACCAUUUGAGCUCACUCCACAACAAAAAGAAUUGCAAAGGAUGCUGCAACUAAUUCAGAGUAGGCUGCAGGAAGAACACUCUCUACAAGAUGUGAUAUUCAAAAGUGCAUUUAAAAGUGCUUCUACAGCACUGCCACCACGGGAAGAUAAUUCAUUACAGUCUCCAGAUGCAUGCAGAAUUCAUGGUCAUCUCUAUGUCAAUAAAGUGGCAGGGAACUUUCACAUAACUGUGGGCAAGGCAAUACCACACCCUCGAGGCCAUGCACACUUGGCAGCCCUUGUAAGCCAUGAGUCCUAUAACUUCUCCCAUAGAAUAGAUCAUUUGUCAUUUGGAGAGCUUAUUCCAGGAAUUAUUAAUCCAUUGGAUGGAACAGAAAAAAUCGCAUCAGAUUACAAUCAGAUGUUCCAAUAUUUUAUCACAGUUGUGCCAACCAAACUCCAUACAUACAAAAUUUCAGCAGAAACUCAUCAAUUUUCAGUGACAGAAAGGGAAAGGGUAAUUAACCAUGCAGCUGGCAGCCAUGGGGUGUCAGGAAUAUUCAUGAAAUACGACAUCAGUUCACUUAUGGUGACAGUGACAGAAGAACACAUGCCUUUUUGGCAGUUCUUAGUGAGGCUCUGUGGCAUUAUUGGUGGAAUUUUUUCAACUACAGGAAUUUUACAUGGCUUUGGAAGAUUUGUAGCAGAAAUUAUUUUUUGCCGUUUCAGACUGGGUUCCUACAGAUCCACAUCGGUCCCACUUCCUGAUGGCCACACAAGCAACCACGUACCUCUAAUUACAGACAAUAGUACACAUUAGCCUCCUGAGAAAAUUGUUUUUCUUCCUGCCUGAUACAGACUUUUUUAUAAUAAAGAAAACAUUGUGCAAUAUGCUGAGAUGAGCUGAUGGGCAGCAAAAAAUGAAGCCUUUACAAAAACAAAAAAAAUCAAACAAAAAACAACCUCCAACAAAACAAUUUGUGUAACUUUUUGUCUUUGAGUGCACGUGGAGACAUAGGAAAUCAUGAGACCGGUGAGGUGGAUGAUCUUCUGGAGAGAGUUGCUUCCAAUACAGUAUUUGUGGUUGAGCUGAACGUCUUUGUGGUGGCUGCCUGUGACCACUGAAGCAUCUUAGUGAUGCCUGGGAAGGCUGCAGGUCCCAAGGAGAAAAGAGUGCAAGUGGGAUGUGUGGAAGGGCUGGCAGCAGCCACAGAGGGACAGUAACAGAGCUGGAGUUUCUCUUAAGUAUGCAAGUGGGGGAUUGGCUUUUCUUGUUCUUUUAUAAUGCUGGGGCUGAGAGCUCAGAUGCCUUUCAUACAGCUGGGGAGUGAUCCUAAAAAUCCUGAAGAAGAGGGGAACAAGAGAGUAAGUAAGGUGGAACCCAAGCCAUGAUGCUGGUCACAACCACUGCUUUUGUGCAGCCCCACCAUUCCUUAGUGGAAGAAACAUGUGGAGCAGAGGGGUUCCUCUGUGUUUCCACACAGCCACUGUGCCAGCAGUGAAAGUGUCACUUCCAGCAUUGGUGUGGAAGUGCUCAAGGACUCCAAGAAUGCACUCCAGCCUGCACAGAGCUUUUGGACUUGGAAUAAGAAGCCCUUUAAGUAAGGCAUUUGACUGUAGUUUUGAUAAAAGGCAAGACUCCCUAGUAAAAAAAUCAGGAAAUCUU